CAUGAGUUACAGAAACUUGCUGAAUUCCCAGCCCUUUCCUCUUCCCACACAUCUUAAUUCGCCCAUCAAUUUUGUAUAGCGCUUGCAACCAUUUCCCCCCUAUAAAUCUAGCUCCCACUGCUUUUCCCCAUCACCAUUCAUCAUUCACACAUUUCCUCUCUCAUCAAUCCACAAUAUAUAAUGGCUUUCUCCACGAAGCUCCUGGCAGUUGUGGUGGUGGCUGUGCUAGCGUCGCCCAUCAUGGCGUCGGCAAGGAAAGUGGCGGAGUCGAGAUGGAGCCUAGCAGCGCGUCUGAAAGUUGCGGAAGAAGGGCCUAGCACUUGCUGGGAUGCGUUGUUUGAACUUCAAUCUUGCAGCGGAGAAGUGGUGAUGUUCUUCCUGAAUGGGGAGACUCAACUUGGGGAAAACUGCUGCAGCGCCAUAAAAGUGAUAGAGCGACAGUGCUGGCCCUCCAUGCUCGGAACCCUCGGCAUCACUACUGAAGAAACCAACGUUCUCCGUGGUUACUGCGAUGCCGCCGCCACUGCCGCCCCUCCGCCUCAAUGCUACAAUUUCCCACGCUUGCAGUUGCAAAACUAAUUCUAAUCCCUAUUUAUGUAUGUUUUAGUCACUCGGAAUUUGCUUCACUCAA